AUGAUCCGACCCGUCGCCUCCACCGCUUCCCUUCUGUCAGUCACCCAUGGUUUCUCCCACGUCUCCCACAGGAACAUGAGUCACGUGGCUCCACUGCAUGGAGGAAUAAACAUUCUUCUUGGAGGUGUGAUGAUGGGAGGAAUGCUGGUGGUGGUGUUCUGCAUCUGCUACUGUUGUCACAAAAGAGUCCAGAAGGCAGAGCUACAGACGGACUCUAGUGAGCAGUGGCUACACAACUCGGAAGAGUCUGACUCAAUGAUGCAAGUUUUUACACUAGAUGGACAGCAGCAGUGUUACGAGAUAGAAGGUGUGUUCGUAGACGAGCCGACGCCUCAACCUUCACCCCCACCCUCGUACCAGGCCGUGAUGAAGCAACAGAAAAAGGAUGACUCAGGGCUACCAACCUACGAGGCUGCCAUGAGGCUAGAGACACAGAGUAAUCAAGUCUGUACUAUAUACAUGGACCAGCUAACGUAUAUAUGAUCUACGCUGAUGAGGACAGUUGAUUUGGGGGUAGUGAAAAGUGUGUUGCAAAAAUAUGUUCGAAAUAAUCGAAAUAUAUGUAAAAUGUAUUGUAAAAAGUGCUCAAAGAAAUUAAAGGUAU